AUGCCAAUCUUUCCAUACUUCAAAACUCACGACAUUGAUAAAUUCAAGAUCACCCUUGUAAAAGAGUAUGAGGUUGUCGACCAACAGCAUCUUCAAGCAUAUGAACAGCUCUGGAUUGCAAAAUUUAGAAAAUCAGCAGUGAAUAAGAAUAACUCAUUUACGAUAGAUCAUCUGCGUCAAAAGGAUUAUCGAGAACACAAUAAAGAAAGCAUUAGAGCCUAUAACAAGCAAUAUUAUGAAGCCAAUAAGCAACGAUGGGAAUCAAUGUCUAAGGAGCGGCUGGCAACUCGAUCCAAUUGCGAGUGUGGCGGUAGAUAUUCUGCCGCAAAUCGCCAUGUUCACGUUCGAUCGCAGAAACACAAGCGGUGGCUAGGAGAACAGAGUGCUUAG